AUGAAGGAGCGUACUAUCGCAGCUAGUCUCGAGGCAUACAAAGAGAAAGCCAGAGAAACUAUAAGGAGCAUUGAACGAGAGAGGAUGCAGCUGGAGUUCGAAAGAAAAAAAGUUGAACAGCAAAUUCGAAAGGCUGCGCAGGACGGUGAUCGCUCCUCUGCCGAAAUCCACGCAAAGUGCUUGGUUAGAAUUAAGGACAAUAUCAAGCGCUUGAGUGUCUCGAAGGCUCAAAUCCUAUCUCUCCAAAUGAACAUGCAGUUGGCCAAGUCCUUCGAAGUUGUGGGCGGAAUCAUCUCUAAGUCCGCCGCAAUCAUGGCCAGUUUAAAUAAGAACGUUAAUAAUAAGGAGAUGCAGCAGCAGUUGGCAAAGUUUUCGCGCGAAAUGCAAAACCUUCAAAUUAGGCAAAGCUAUAUGGAGGACAGCUUGGACUCUGCGAUCCGAAUCGACAACGAGAGCUCUCAGGCCAGCAAGGAGGUUGACAUGGUGAUGAGCGAGUUCGACCUCCUCCAGAAGCAGAAGUUGUUAGACAUGGACUCGUACAUGGCUGAGUGUGCACAGUGGGUCCCUGGCUCUGGUGAUGUCAACACGAUCUCUAACAAGUAA